UUAUUCUCCAUUGCCAAAACUGAGCGAAAUUGAACCAGUGAAAAACUGUACAACCUUUGAAGAAGCAAACCGGAAAUGGAGGGCAACGUCGGCGGCGGGUAUUGGGUGGACGAGAAGGCGGUGCCGGUGGAGAACAUAUUCUUGGAAUUCCUCAAAACCUUCCGACUGGCGGAAGACGGCCGCGGCGGCUACGAGCCCUACUACGAGGCGGAGGUGGAGGCGAUGCGGCCGAACGAGUCCAACACCAUGUUCAUCGAUUUCUCUCACGUGAUGCGCUUCAACGAUGUUCUCCAGAAGGCAAUCGCCGACGAAUUCAUCCGAUUCGAGCCUUGCCUGAGGAAUGCCUGCAAGAGAUUUAUCAUGGAGCUCAAGCCAACUUUCAUCGCCGAUGACAACCCUAACAAAGACAUUAACGUGGCUUUCUACAACCUCCCCCUUGUUAAGAAAUUGAGGGAAUUAACCACCACCGAGAUCGGGAAGCUUUUGUCGGUGAGCGGCGUCGUCACCCGCACCAGCGAAGUUCGGCCCGAGCUUCUCUACGGCACUUUCAAGUGCCUCGAUUGCGGAAACGUCAUUCGGAAUGUCGAACAGCAAUUCAAGUACACUGAGCCAAUUAUCUGCAUGAGUGCAACAUGCCAAAACAGGUCAAGGUGGGCUUUGCUUCGGCAAGACAGCAAAUUUACAGACUGGCAGAGAGUGCGUAUGCAGGAAACAUCGAAGGAAAUACCCGCAGGCUCGCUUCCCAGAUCACUUGACGUUAUCCUACGUCACGAUAUUGUUGAACAAGCUAGGGCUGGAGACACGGUUAUAUUUACCGGGACUGUGGUUGUUUUACCCGAUAUUCUAGCAUUAGCAUCUACAGGGGAGAGAGCAGAGUGCCGUAGAGAAUCGUCUAGUAAGAAUGCCAUGUCUGGUCAAGAAGGUGUCAAAGGGCUUCGUGCGUUGGGAGUGAGAGACCUGAACUAUCGUCUUGCCUUCAUAGCCAAUUCAGUACAGGUGUGCGAUGGCAGAAGGGACUCCGAUAUCAGAAAUAGGAGAGAUGCUGAUGAAGAUGAUAGCCGACAAUUCACAGCAGAGGACUUGGAUGAAAUCCAAAGAAUGAGAAAUACUCCCGACUUUUUCAACAAGCUUGUGGAUAGCAUUGCACCAACUAUUUUCGGUCACCAAGACAUCAAACGAGCCAUCCUUCUCAUGCUUAUGGGUGGUGUCCAUAAAUUUACUCACGAAGGCAUCAAUUUAAGAGGGGAUAUUAAUGUUUGUAUUGUGGGUGAUCCCAGUUGUGCAAAGUCGCAAUUCCUCAAGUAUACAGUGGGCCUAGUUCCAAGAUCUGUCUAUACAUCGGGAAAAUCCUCAUCCGCUGCCGGUCUUACUGCAACAGUUGCCAAAGAACCAGAAACCGGUGAAUUCUGCAUCGAGGCUGGCGCACUGAUGCUUGCUGACAAUGGCAUCUGCUGUAUCGACGAGUUUGACAAGAUGGAUACAAGAGAUCAGGUUGCAAUUCACGAAGCUAUGGAACAACAAACGAUAAGCAUAACAAAAGCUGGAAUACAAGCAACGUUGAAUGCCAGAACAUCAAUCUUAGCUGCUGCAAAUCCCACAGGAGGGCGCUAUGACAAGACUAAACCCCUCAAGUAUAAUGUGGCUCUUCCACCAGCCAUUCUUUCAAGAUUCGACCUUGUAUAUGUGAUGAUUGAUGACCCAGACGAGCAAACCGAUUACCAUAUUGCCCAUCAUAUUGUGGUAGUUCAUCAGAAGCACGAAGAUGCACUCUCACCUACAUUCACUACCGCACAACUGAAGCGCUACAUCUCAUACUCGAAAACUCUGAAACCUAAGCUAAGCCCCGAAGCUAAACAGUUGUUGGUUGAAUCUUACGUUUCCCUCCGUAGAGGAGAUACGACACCUGGUAGUAGAGUUGCUUAUCGAAUGACAGUGAGGCAACUCGAGGCGCUUAUCAGGCUUUCGGAAGCACUUGCGCGUUGUCAUUUGGACAGUGAGGUGCAAACUCGCCACGUACGUCUUGCUGUGAGAUUGCUCAAGACAUCGAUAAUCAAUGUGGAGUCGAGUGAGAUCGAUCUCUCUGAAUUCCAGGAAGAGAAUAAUGAUGUUAAUGAUGAUAACGUUUCCGGUGAAGGCGAGACUUUUGCGACACCUCAGCAGAGUUCUGAAAACAGAGAAAAUGCAGCAGAAGCGUCUCCAAGCAAGCGUGGAAAGAAGCUAGUAAUAAGCGAUGAAUACUUUCAAAGGGUUACUCAAGCCCUUGUCAUGCGGCUAAGACAACACGAAGACACUCUGACGCAAGGAGGUAAUCUUCAAUGCAUGCCUAAUUUUCAUUAAUUCGCACAUAAGACGACUGUAUGUGUGUAUGUAU